AUGGAUACAAGGAGUGAAUCGAAAGAUAAUGAAAUGGAAACGAUGCCGAAGAUUGAUCGCACGUCUUCCCUGAUUAGCGACGGUAUGGAUAUCGAUCAGGAUCAGUCUCUCAAACCAACUUCCGAGCGAUUUUCGGAAUCAUCGCCGAAAAAGCGCGGGAAGCGGAAGAUUUUAAAGAAAAAAACGUACAUGAAUGCGGCAGGAUUUUUAGUAAGCGAGGACGUGUACGAGUGGGAGUCAUUUUCUGAGGAUGAACUUGUUCCGAAGCAGAAUGUCACGAAUGAAAAGUCUAAAAGAGUUAAACUUGAAUCGCCGAGCACCAAGAAUGGCGCUAAUAAGCGGGCAAAGAAAAAGGAAGAACUUUCAUCUCAAAAAAGUUUAUUGAAUUUCUUUGGAAAGGCUUAA